CAAUCUUCUCGAUCGACCACGAUGGAAGGCAUUCCGCAAAGCUCACAGAAGAACCCAGAGGAGGAGGCAGCAAAGAGGGCCCAAGAGGAGGAAAUGCGCCGGGAUGUGAUGGCCACGGUGCUCGAUACUGCAGCCAGAGAACGACUCUCUCGAAUUGCCCUCGUGAGUCCUGAAAGGUCGAAGCAGAUCGAGGCGAUUCUGUUAAGGAUGGUGCAAUCCGGACAGCUUCGCGGUCGGGUAACAGAGAACCAGCUCAUUGACCUGUUGGAGCAGAUGGAGGAUGCGGGUAGCAAGAACACAGCCAAGAAGUCGACAAUUGUGUUCCAGCGUAGGAAGGAUCCAGACGACGAUUUCGACUUUUGA